AUGCUUUCGGAAAGUCGGGAAUGUAUUAUGGCAUCAAAACAGUUGUCGACGUUUGACAUGAAUAAUGGAAAUGAUUCGAGAUAUGGUUUUGGUGGGGAUGAACCACAUCAAAUUAAAUUGUCAAUGGAAAAUGAGGAAAAUCAACACAAGCAAUCAAAUUACAGGUGAGUUGUUGUAAGGUGAGAUUUUGGAAUCCAACAUUUGGAUGGAAAAAAAUAAAUCAAGAAAUUCUAAACCUAACUUCAAACUAUAAUGAGAAUUUUAAAUCUGAGAAAAACUUAUGUGGAAAAUAUAAGUUUUUAAAGUUAGGAGCUUUUUUUCAAGUUCUAAACCUCAUAAUUUAACUUUUUAUUUAUUUUUGUUAGUUCAACUUUUUUCUCGAGAAAACUUCAAACAGAAAAUUUUAAGAAACUGAAAAUUUCACAAUCAAAAACACGGAAAGAGCAAAUUUUCCAUUUUCAAUUCUGAAAAUUUUCCAUCAUAGUUUUUCGUUUGAAAAAUUUUAAGUUUGAAGUUUUCUCAAAAAAAAGUUGAACUAACAAUUUUUAUCAAUAAAAAACUGGUGUAUUUUUUACUUUCAAAAUUUCAGGAGAACAUUUUUCAGUUCAAAAACAUUACGGAUAAACAAUUAGAUUUUCUUUGAAACAUUUUAUUUCCUAUAAAAAAUUUCAUCAAAAAAAUACUUUUUCAAAAAAUCAAUAAUUCUGAAAAUUCAAAAUAGGAAAUUUCUAUUCAGAAUCUAGCUUCGAAAUAUUUUUUCGGAAAAAAAACCAAAACUAAAAAUUUUCUAGAAACCAAGCUGAUGUAAAUCUAAACAGACGCAGUCCUAAAUCUGCUGUAAAACACUUCUAAAAAAAUUCCAAAAUUUUCAGACGCGAUCCCCAACCAAUUUCCGAAAACACACUCAAUCUCUUCGCCUGUAUAAUCGCGUAAGUUCCAUUAACUACACUACUGAAAAAUGCAACUAUUUUCAAAUUUUCAGCGCCGCAAUCGCAACAUUUGCUCUCGUCGGUCUCGCCAUCGCUCUAAUCGUCUUGGCUUUCAAAUAA